ACUCUGCCCUCCUGCUGGAAUAGAUAACCCUGGAGUGCACAGCAAGAGCUGCCUCACUGCACUCACCUGGAAGAGUUACAGGGAAAAGAUUGAAACCCACCAAGCACAACAGAGCAAAGACUUACAUGGUCAGAAAGCUGCCAUGGAGGACAGUGUCGACAUUAAGAUAGAAACGAACGGGGCGAGGAAGACCACAAAGCAGAAUCCAGUGAGCAAAGGUGGAAAGAGAGUCUGCAGAGUCCUUGGCUACGUCACAGGAGACAUGAAGGAGUUUGAAUACUGGCUUAGAGAUAAACCUCUCGUGUUUCAGUUUAUCGACUGGGUCCUGCGCGGGACAUCCCAGGUGAUGUUUGUCAACAACCCUCUCAGUGGACUGAUCCUGAUUGCUGGGUUCCUGGUCCAGAGCCCAUGGUGGACAAUCACGGGCUGUUUAGGAACAGUUGUCUCAACUUUAACCGCGCUUACCCUGAGCCAGGAUAGAUCAGCCAUAGCAGCAGGCCUGCACGGCUAUAAUGGAGUCCUGGUGGGAUUGCUCAUGGCUGUCUUCUCUGACAAGGGAGACUAUUACUGGUGGCUUCUUCUCCCUGUUGCUCUGAUGUCCAUGACAUGCCCCAUUUUCACCAGUGCUUUAGGCUCAGUCUUCAGCAAGUGGGAUGUUCCUGUUUUCACCUUGCCUUUCAACUUUGCCCUGACUUUAUAUGUGGCUGCCACCGGACACUAUAACCUCUUCUUCCCUGCAACACUCAUUCAACCUUUAACCUCUGUACCUAACAUCACCUGGACUGAUAUUGAAGUGCCAAAGUUGUUCCAAUCCAUUCCCGUUGGAGUUGGACAGGUGUACGGCUGUGAUAACCCCUGGACUGGAGGCAUCAUCCUGGUUGCUUUGCUCAUUUCCUCUCCGCUCAUUUGUCUGCAUGCUGUGAUCGGAUCAGCAGUGGGGGUAGUGGCAGCCCUGAGCCUGGCAGCACCUUUUAGUAAAAUCUACUCCGGCUUGUGGAACUACAACAGCUCCCUCUCAUGCAUCGCGAUUGGAGGCAUCUUCUAUGCUUACACCUGGCAGACUCUCCUGCUUGCAGUUGCUUGUGCACUUUUCACUGCCUAUCUAGGAGCAUCUCUGGCUAAUAUGCUUUCUGUGUUUGGAUUGCCGUCAGGUACCUGGGCCUUCUGCUUAUCUGCCCUUACCUUUCUGUUGAUAACCACAAAUAACUCUUCCAUCUACAAGUUACCUCUCUCCAAAGUCACUUACCCAGAAGCCAACCGAGCCUAUUACUUGGCAAUGAAGAAACAUCACAAGUCCUCCUGUGAGGUGUAA